UCACCCAUUCCCCAUUUUCUGAGCGGCAUCAAGUCAUUUCUUUGGGACCAAAGAAACUGGAAGAAGAAAAGCGCGAGUGACUGAGGCGACUAAAUGAGAGACGAGCUUCAGUGCUUUCGCGUUAUAUUUUUCUUCCAUCCGCGGAAAUCGCGCUGUCCUUUGUGUCGCCAAGUGAUUUCAUCAGUCACACACAAUGGACUAGCGGAUAUGCUCUAUUUUAGUUCCGUUUGUGGUUGUUGCUGUUGUUGUUGCGGUUGACUGGAGUGAGGAGGGAAAUAGGUGAAAUUAUUCCGGUUGGUUAUGAGAAACUCAUGUCCGGCGGAGUGAGAUCAAGGAAUUGGGUAAUAUUAUUAUCGUCUCGGUGACUAAUCGACGGCUCAAGUGGCCACGAUGCUGCGAUAAGCCGGACACUGUCGUUAGCUGACGGGUUGAGUGAAAAGCCGGGAUAUGGUGAGACUCGAGCCAGUGUGGUGAGGUAGCCGCUAAGAAGAACGCUUCAUUGUGCAGUUGAGAUACCAUUUGUGGGAGUGGGAUUUAGGAUUUUCAAAAGCCGUUGCAUUGCGACAUCGAAGGUCAGACGAUAACGAAUGGAUUCCGGAUGGAUCGCUAGGCCCCUGGGCCUUCUACUUUUCCUCACAAUGGCAUUUCCCGGGGUCACUGCCUCCUACAGCAUUGGUAUAGGCACUGCUGAUUCAACGGGACCUGUUGCUGAAAUUGUUUUUAUGGGAUACGCGAAAAUGGAUCAAAAGGGUACAGGUCUACACCUCCGCACCUUCGCCCGUAGUUUCAUAAUCGACGAUGGAAACCAGAGAUUCGUAUUCGUCAGUGUCGAAAGUGCGAUGAUUGGUCAUGACGUGCGCUCUGCUGUGAUAGCUAAACUAAAGAAAAAAUAUGGAGAUCUGUAUACAGAUGAAAAUGUUAUGAUAAGUGCAACACACACACACUCGAGUCCAGGAGGGUCCAAUUUGUACACGCUGUUCGAUCUCACGACAUUUGGAUUCAUAAAACAAAGCUUUUCGGCGAUAGUCAACGGAAUUACGAAGAGUAUUGAGCGGGCGCAUGACGCCGUUCUCCCUGGAAGGAUCUUUGUGGACCGGGGAGAGGUUCUCGAUGCAAACAUCAACAGAAGCCCUCAGGCGUAUUUGAAUAAUCCCAAGACUGAGAGAGACAAGUACAACCACAACGUAGAUAAGACGAUGACUCAGCUGCAAUUUGUAGCAGCAGACGGCAGUCCUCUGGGGGUCAUUAACUGGUUCGCGGUGCAUCCAACCAGCAUGAACAACACUAAUCGCCUCGUCUCCAGUGACAACGUUGGCUACGCAGCUCUUUUAUUCGAAGAGAAAAUGAAUAAAAAUUCCAUGCCUGGGAAGGGGAAAUUUGUAGCAGCUUUUGCGUCAAGCAACUUGGGUGACGUCUCCCCCAACACCCAAGGACCAAAGUGCGAAUUUUCGGGUGAAGAAUGUUCAGCGCAGUACACGUGCCCUGGGAAAAAGGAAAGGUGUUUUGCGUCAGGACCCGGAAAGGACAUGUUCGAAAGCACCAGCAUAAUCGCUAGAAAACUCUUCACAGAGGCAGUCAACAUCUGGCAAAGAGGUUCAAAGGCAGAGCUGAAGGGUCCAGUGAGAGUAGUUCAUCGUUACGUGAACAUGCCAGGGCAGAGAGGAGAGUACUACAACGAGACGACAGGUCGAGUGGAGGAGGUGGAGGCUUGUCUGCCGGCGAUGGGCUACAGUUUUGCGGCCGGGACAACCGACGGACCCGGCUCGUUCGCCUUCGAACAAGGCACAACGACUUCGAAUCCUGUGUGGAACGCCGUUAGGAACUUCGUUGCUGCACCCACCGAGGAGGACAUCAAGUGUCACGGGGCUAAGCCCAUACUAUUGGCAACUGGAAGAAUGCGACUGCCUUAUCAGUGGCAACCAAAGGUAGUGUCCACCCAACUCGUCGCAAUCGGUGACUUUGUAAUAGCAGGUGUGCCCGGUGAAUUCACGACCAUGUCGGGCAGAAGAAUGCGCGAGACGAUUGCAUCUGCUGUGAUGGAAAGUACCGAGGUAGAACCCAUCGUUGUUAUUGCUGGGCUUUGCAACACGUACAGCGAUUAUAUUGCUACUCCCGAGGAGUAUGAGAUUCAAAGGUAUGAAGGCGCCUCGACUAUCUUCGGACCCCAUACGCUGACGAUUUACCUCAAACAAUAUCGGGAAUUGGCCCUGGCAGCAGUUCAUGGUAGGAAAGUGGAGCCCGGCCCCUCACCGCCGGACCUGACUACUGAAAAUUUGAUAAGUCUCCAAACACCAGUGAUUUAUGACACGUCAAAGUGGGGACGAGACUUUGGCGACUGCCUGCGGCAGCCCGAAAAAACAGUUCGUCCUGGGCACACAGUUUCAGCUAUUUUCGUAUCGGGACAUCCCCGUAAUAAUCUCAUGAUGGACUCAAGUUUUCUCACUGUCGAGAGAAUUGACGAUAACGGAAAUUGGAUUGAAGUUGCCACUGAUGCAAAUUGGGAAACUCGAUUCUACUGGGCCCGCACGUCAGUGAUCCUCGGUACUAGUCAAGUGGAAAUCACAUGGGAUAUCCCGUUAGAUGUAUUACCUGGAAAAUAUCGAAUACGGCAUAACGGAUAUUAUCGGUAUAUAUUGGGUGGAGUAUUCCCCUAUCAAGGCUUCAGUGAUCUGUUUGAAAUCCAAACAACUUCGGAGUCCUGAGAAUAAUUCGCAUGCAAUUGAGUUACAUCAGCCUGAAAUCACACGACGUAGAACAAAUGUUCCCCAGUUUUUUCAAUAAUUAAAAUUAGUCUCACUGUAUCCAUUACGUAUUCCGAUCGAUAUUCGAGCGAACCUGUGCCAUAGAUUUAACAAUACUGUAAAAAUGAUGAAUAAUUAUAGUAUCUUGAACGUUUGAAGCUA